AUGAGUAGAACUUGUAAUGGAAGAGAAAAAACAAAGAAGAAAGAGUGGAAAUAUGGUUUUCGGCUCCUUCUAUUUGACUACUUUCGUGUUCAAAGCUUGAGGAAACCAAAACUAUUUUGGGUUUCAGCAGCUGCUCCCUUGACAACAGUUAUUCUGUCAACUAUUCUAGUCUUUCUUCUCAGAGACAAGGCUCAUCAAAUUGCAAUUAUUGAGAACUUACCAAAGGGUCUUAACAACCAGCAAGACAAUGCUUUCUCUUGACUUCAAUGCUGAAGUUACAUAUGCCAAUCAAGCAUCUGCAAAGAACACAAGAGUAAUAAAUCAUACAAAACUGGCACAGAACAAGUUUAAAAUUGUGCUCCACAACCACAACCAAGAUUGCAGUUUAAAACCAUUGUCAUAUCCAAUUAGCUGGCCAAACAUCUGUAAAGAAGAAAGUUGCU